AUGGAUGAUGAGGAUGAUGAUGAGUCAGAAGAUGAGGCGGUGGUUCCUCAAGACUCACCCAAGGCCAAAGCCAAGGUCCGCAAGAACGUGUCGAAGUAUGACUCAGAAAUCGCGGACCUUCCUCCUGCUGAGCGCCGAAAAGCCUUGGCCAAGUUGUACGAAAGGAACCGGGCCAGUCGAAGGAAGAGGGUUAAGUCCAAGUACGAGGACCAUCCCACGGUGAAGGCGGCCAAGACAGCAAAAGAGAGGCGAGCUGCCUUAAACAAGCUCUAUGCCUCAAAAAAAAAAGGCCCUUCAGUCGACUGCGAUGAGGCGGAGGCCCCUCCACUCCUCGAUGCCGUGAAGGAAGAGAGGGUGAAGAAGGAGGUUGUCGUCAAACAGGAAACUGGUUUGCCUUGCGAGGAGUUUUCGGAUGCAGAAGACGAGAACAUCCCCAUCCAGUGCCCCAUGUGUGCAGAAGCUGCCCAAGCUCGUGCAGAAAGCGUGGCUUUGAGGGAGGAGCUCGGGUCCCUCCGCUCAGAGAAAGACGCCUUGGAGAAGAGCGCAGCAAACCUUCAAACUCGUCUCGCCAUUGCUGAGCGCCAAGUGGUUUGGUACGAAAAUGUUCGUGACUGGGUGAGUGCUGACAUAGAGUCACGCCUGGGCCGUGGCCAUGACUCUGAGGUCAUUCCUGAUUGGCUGGUCGUACAAGGUACAGGGCCAUUCCAUUCGUCGAUGCUGCAGAUUUGUGGAAAAGAAGGGCUGCUCUUGAUUGCCUUCCAGCAGGAUGGAGCAAAGAUGAUGGAGACACUGGCAGGUUCGCCGGUGACUGCUGACUGCUGCAGUGACUUGCUGGAGUUGCUAAAGGUGGUGCCUCUGGAUGCGAUUGGCAACCUUCACGCAUUCACGGAGGCAGCGGUGCAAAAGUUUGACUCCAUCCUUUCCUCCGAGAAGAAUCUUGAGCAGCGCGUGGUAGACAAGACGCGACAGUUCAUGCUGCCAGAGAAGAGAAGCCUCAAAGAUAUGCUCGUGCCCUGCAAUAGCAGAUGCCCGUGCUGCGGUCGACUUUGUGACAAUCUCCAACCUGGUCACACCAAGCACACCUGUCUUGGGCACCUACCACGUGGGUUCAAAGGAAACUACAUUUCUGAUGGGCAGAAGACCGCGUCCACACUGAUGUGCACAGAGAUGAAGGACGCAGCCACCAUCCUGUACAAUGAGAAUGGCGAGGAGAAGGCGGCAACGUGGCAGGCCCACAAACAGAAGCAUCCAAGCUGGGAGUUCCCAAACCAACUCGACUCAGACCAAGCAGAGUUGGAGGGUCGCUUCCUGCAGGCUUGGAAGAUGGUGGGGCCCCGCUUUUGCGAAAAGUACGGGAUUCGAUUCACCGAGCACGGCGAGCAAGGGUUAUUGCUGGGUGCAGCCUCGCAUUACCUACUGAUCCUCGAUUCCAGUAGCUCCAUGAGGGGCGGAAAAUGGUCAGACGUGGAGAAGGCGUUGGGCGAGCUGCUUGAGAAAGCACACGGAAGUCAGCAUCGGUUUUCCGUCAUCAAGUUCAACGACAGUGCGAAGGCGCCUGCUGUCUACUCCACGAGUUCCGAAAUUCUAGAGCAGCUCAACAAGGGCUCUUUCUCAGUCGCCAUCGGUGGCUGCACUUCAUUUACAGCGGCUUUCAAGUGUGCGACAGGCCUGGAAAUGCCUCAGGAGGACAGCUGCUGCCACGCUCGAACGAUUGCUGUGUUCAUGUCGGAUGGUGAGGACAAUCGCAACCAGGAAGGCCUCGACAGCGCAAUGCAGGCGUUCAAAAAUGCCUAUAAACAGAUGCCGAUGAAGUUCUACAGCAUCGCCUUUGGGAACGAAGCCGACGAGGAACGUCUACAGCUGAUCGCCCAAAACAUGGCAGGCGAAUUCAUCCAGACCGUUGAUGGAGUGGAGUUGCAAGCUGCCUUUGCAGAGAUAGCGCAGCAGUGA